UGUAAUGCUGACGUCACACUUUCAUUUAAUGCAAUACAAAUGUAUGAUGAAACAACAUAUAGAACAACAUUACCAACAUAUACACCACCACCUUGGAUAGAACCAUAUGUAGAUCCCACGACACCACGUAAUGUUACUGCUUUAAUGGGAAAGACUGCCUUUUUGAAUUGUCGUGUUAUUAAUUUGGGAAAUAAAACUGUUUCAUGGAUACGACAUCGUGACUCACACAUUCUCACCGUUGGCACAUACACCUACACAUCAGAUUUACGCUUUCAAGCGUUACAUUUUAGUGAAAUUGGUGAUUGGACGUUACAAAUCAAAUGGGUACAAAAACGGGAUGCCGGAACGUAUGAGUGUCAGAUAUCUACUCAACCGGCAAGAAGUUAUUUUAUUCAUCUAAAUAUUGUUG